AUGGCGUAUGAAAGGAGUCGUAAACGCAGGGCAGGUCUGUGCGCGGCGUGCCGCUUUGAUCCCCCCUCGGGCCUGCCCACAAGUUUGAAACUGGCGCAACUGCCGGCUGACGCCAAAAACACUGAGCAUGCAGCUCGCGCAGAAAAGGGAUUGGAAUGGAACAAGAUCGUCAAGAAGGUUGCAAACUGGCGUGCCAAGUGGGCAGUGAAGCUCAAGCGCUUUGUGGAGGAGGCGUACCCGACGGAGUUCAACGCCAAAGCACUGAACCGCGAGGUGGAACUGCUCUUGCAGGGUGAGGAUCCUUAUGCUGCCAUGGCCACUGCACAGGAAGAGGCUGCAGCUGAGAAGGAUGAGUUGGACGUGAAGGACGAGGGUGGUGUGAAGAUGGAAUCCUUUGAGCCGGCCACCUCUUUCUCGGGCGCCCGACCGGGCUGGUGCUUCAAGAUGGGCCGGGAAGCUGAAAAGACUGUUCGUCGCCGCGUUUGGUGCGGGCGAAGCCCGAUGAAGAUGGAUUUUGAGGAUUUUCCGGAUUCCAACCCCCCUGAAAAGCCCGAAUUGCACUCCUAG